AUUUUUGGUUAAAAAAAAAGAGCUAUAAGAAGUUCCGGUCGCACCGGGGGCAGUUUAUUUCGAGGAGUGGAAGUGGUCAUGGUUAUGGUGUGAAUAGUACGACAUCUCGUCAUUAUAAAGAAUAUUUUGUACAGAGGAUGCCCAGGCUGACAACAGAUGGCGGGAGUAGGUGGCUAGCUAAUAUCUAUAUAUUUAUGUGAGCUUUAAACCAUGACGGACAGGACUUUGCCAGAAUGGAUGUCAAUCGACAGCAACAGUGAAACCAUAGAGAAAAAGGGUCAGCAAGGAUUCUUAAAAAAAAACAUAUUAGAAGAUGACCUACCAUUUCUGGAGUUCCCUGGUACUGUUAUGUACAGCCGCGAGAAAAAUGAUUGCUCAUUUCUCUCUGAGGAUUUAAGAUCCUGCCUUGAACCUGGAGCUGCAGUCGGGUUUGAUAUUGAGUGGCCGCCUUCCUUUGCCAAGGGGAAGACAAAGAAAGUGGCCAUGGUCCAGUUGUGUGCAUCUGAGGAGAAAUGCUACCUCUUUCACCUUUCCUCCAUGUCAGGGUUUCCUGCUGGCCUGAAGAUGUUAUUACAGGACGAGUCCAUCAAAAAAGUUGGGGUGGGAAUUGAAGGAGACAUGUGGAAGCUACUGAGUGACUUUGACAUCAAGCUGAAGAACUUUGUGGAACUAUCAAAUCUGGCAAAUGAAACUCUCAGGUGCGUGGAGCAGUGGAGCCUGGAUGGACUGGUCAAGCACCUGUUCAAGAGGCGGCUUAGGAAAGACAAGGAUGUGCGCUGCAGCCAGUGGGAUGACUUUGAGCUCACAGAGGACCAAAAGAGAUAUGCCGCUACCGACGCCUACGCUGGGCUGAUAAUCCAUAAGAAGCUGCAGGAUAUGGUUCCCGGGACCAGUUUGCACACUGCUGUCAAGGAGAAACUGCUCCAAAUGGCGAGUGAAAUGAAGGAGCUGGCUGGGCGCGUUCCUGAGGGAGUCCACAUUAACAGUGCUGUGGAACUAGUGGAGGAGAUGACCGUGAACCUGGAGACAUUGAGGUCCCUGCUGUUGGGUAACAACGUUGAGGGAUACACCACAGAUGCAGCAGAUAUACCUGAUCAGGGUCCUCUGGAGGAAAAAGAAAAGGCAGAAGCCCCUUCUGGCGAGGAGGUGAUGUUUUCUCACUGCACAAAAAAGGUGUCAGUCAACAAACUGGAGUCUGAAGACGUGGAACGUUCAAGCGAUGAUCUCCUCGGGGCCCCUGAAAACAGCUGUGACCCGGUGGAACGGGUCAGGGCUCCUGAAGAUUGCACCUCUGCCCGUCAAGACGGUGCCUGGAUGUCCCUGGAUAUCUCUGAGUAUGAGCUUCAGAUGCUGGAGCGGCAAGCCAUGCAAGAGGAACUUGAGGAACAAUCAACGCUGGAAUUCCAGGACAAGAAGCCCUUGGAUGACUCUUCUGACCUCUCCUAUGUAGUUGAAAGUGAUGAAGAGCUGGAGAAUGAAAUGCUUCAGUGUGUGGAGGAAGUGGAGAAGAUGAGCCAAGACGAAAAAGGCCUCUGUCGGGGCGAACCGGAAAGGCAACAGACCACCGUAGAUGAUGAUGAGGACGAUGAAGAUGAGGGCAUCGAGGAAGAGGAGGUGGAAGAGUUUGAUCCUUCUCUCCCAGAACCAACCCCUGAACAAAUUAAUUGUCUGAAAACGUAUUUUGGCCACUUCCGCUUCAAGCCAGUACAAUGGAAAGUGAUUUACUCCGUUCUGAAGGAGAGGAGAGAUAACCUUGUUGUCAUGGCAACGGGCUAUGGGAAGAGUCUGUGCUUCCAGUUCCCCCCGGUGUACUGCGGGGGCAUCAGCGUGGUGGUCUGCCCCCUCAUCUCCCUCAUGGAAGACCAGGUGCUGCAGCUGAAAAUGUCAAACAUUCCGGCGUGUUUCCUUGGAUCUGCUCAGACCAGUAACAUCAUACCUGACCUGAAAAAAGGCCUUUUCCGAGUGGCCUACAUGACGCCGGAAUUCUGCUCGGGAAGGAUAGCGCUCCUUGAGGAGCUCAACGAGAGCAUAGGACUCACACUAGUAGCCAUAGAUGAGGCCCACUGCAUCUCUGAGUGGGGGCAUGACUUCCGGGGAGCGUACAGGAACCUGGGCCUGCUGAAGACCAGACUUCCUGACGUUCCCAUCGUGGCUCUGACAGCCACUGCCAGCCCCUCCAUUCGGGUGGACAUAGUGCAGAGCCUGAGGCUGGUCCAGCCUGUGGUCACGUGCACCACCUUUGACCGGCCCAACCUCUACCUGGACGUGCACCGCAAGUCAGGUGACCUUACGCAGGACCUCAAGCAGUUCCUGGUCAAAAAGAGCAUGGGUGACUAUGAGUUUGAAGGUCCCACCAUCGUGUACUGCCCCUCGAGGAAAGAAGCGGAGCGGGUGUCCUCGAUGCUGUGCCGGUUGGGCAUCCUGUGUGGCGUGUACCAUGCUGGCCUGGGCAUCAAGAAGAGGAGAGAAACUCAGCACAGCUUCAUGAGAGAUGAGAUCCAGUGCAUUGCUGCCACGGUUGCCUUUGGCAUGGGAAUCAACAAGCCGGACAUCCGCAAAGUCAUCCACUACGGGGCCCCCAAGGAGAUGGAGUCGUACUACCAGGAAAUUGGGCGCGCCGGGAGGGACGGGCUACCAAGCGCCUGUCACGUGCUGUGGGCGGGCGGGGACAUGAGCUUAAACAAGUUCCUGCUUAACCAAGGGAAGAACGACCAUUUCCGAGGCUACAAGAUGAAAAUGUUGGCCAAAAUGGAACAGUAUCUCAAAUCCCCCAAGUGCAGAAGGAAGCUGAUCCUUUCCCACUUUGAAGAUAAACAACUGCGCAAAGUGACAUCUGGUAUUAUGGGGACCAAUGAGUGCUGUGACAACUGCAGAUACAGGAUGGUAAAGAGCUUAAGUGUGGAGGAACCAGAGCCCAGGCUGCAGAAUUUCGGCAAUGAGGCCUACCAGCUGAUGAGCGCCAUCUCUGCGCUGGACGAGAGAUUCGGGGUUUCCGUUCCCAUUCUCUUCCUCCGGGGCUCCAGCUCUCAGAGAGUGCCGGAUAGGUACCGCAGGAGCCCGCUGUUUGGGGCUGGGAGGAGCGUCUCGGAGGCCUGGUGGAAGGCUCUGGCCCAGCAGCUGCUCAUGGAGGAUCUCCUGAAGGAGAGCACUGGCCACAGCAGGUUCUCCACACUGUGCAAGAUCACCCCCAAGGGAAUGCGGUGGCUGUGCUCGGCAGAAGACGAGACCCAGCGCACGCUCCUCCUCCAGCCCAGCGCAGACCUGUGCGCCCGGGUCUCUGUGCCAGCAAGAAGCCACACCCCCUCUGCUGCAUCUGGUUUUCCUGUUAGCCAAGCAGUGGUCCCAGUUCAGAGGCCGCAGCUGGAUAAAUAUACCAGACCAGAGAGCCGUAAAUAUGUCAGGUCUGCUGAUGCAUCAUCUGCAAGGCCACAGCCUACGUCCUCCCUGAAGCCCCAGACCUCCAGACCUGCUGCCAGACCUCCCCCCCCGGCCGUCUCCCCCCGAGAGCUGGAACUGCAGGUGGAGCUUUAUGGGAAGCUUGUUGCUGGGCGACAGAAACUGGCCAGUGAGAAGGAUAUUCCACCAGCCAUACUUGCCACAAAUAAGAUCCUACUGGACAUGGCUAAGAUUAGACCGUGCACACAGGCCAGCCUGAAGGUGGUGGAUGGAGUGUCUGAAGCAAAGUCCAAAAUGCUGGAACCGCUGCUCGGAAUCAUCAACGAGUUCUGUCGCAGACACAGGCUCCAGGCUGACGCGUCCCCUAAAGCCGCGGAUCCGCGCCCGUCCGUGCCGGGACUGACGGAGGCCACGUUCGCGUCCUCGUUGGGCAGCGCUGCCAUCACCUACCGACUCUUCCAGCAGGAGGGCAAAAGCCUGAGACUGGUGUCAGACAGCCGCAGUCUGCCUCUUGCUGUGGUGGAGUCCCACCUGCUUCAGGCUCGGCGGGCCAACCUCCCACUGGACAUGGAGCGGGCCGGGCUGACCCCCCCCAUCCGCCACGCUAUCACCAGCGCCAUCAAAGGACAUGCUGUCAGCUCUGACUUCAGCGGUAUAAAGGCUGUCCGUGCCCUGGUCCCAGAACACAUCAGCACCUUCCUCGUCCAGCUGACUGUGAUGGAGUUGGAGAGGGCGGGGGUUCCCAGUACGAGCCCCGUCGCCCCGUCCAGCGCUCACCAGUCUCAGCCGGCCGUGAGCCAGCAGGAGGAGCUGGCCUGGAUCGAGCCGGAGGACAAGCCUGUGAGGAGGGACGCACAACCUGCCUUUUCCUUGAAGAAGCAGACGAGUCGAGACUCAGACAGGAUUGAAAUGAUGGAGGAUCAGCUUUUCUCUCCGAUUCCCAUGCCGAAGCGGUUUGGCAUCAAGGCCAGCACUGCCCCCUGCAGUUCAGAGGCUGGAAUUGCCACAAAACCCUCAGUCCACGCUAGUGGCAUAGAACUGGUCUCAAGCACCAAGCAACUGGUUACAGACACACGCAGUGGAUUGAGAAGUUCCACUUCACAGGCUGGCAUCAAAGCCAGUGCUGCCCCCUGCAGUUCAGAGGUGGUUCCUGCUGCAAUGCCCUGUGCCGUAGCGCCGGCCUCAUGGAACGAGGAUGAGCUUGAUCAAGACACGAAGAAUCUCUUCAGCGUUUCGCCUCCACAGAGUGUGAACCAACCGGUGAAAAGGAAAUUACCGGAAUGGGCGGUGCUUCCGAGAGGCUCAGUCUCUUCCUCCACCUCUACUGGCUCCAAAAAAGCCAAGAAGAAAAAAGGCCUUUUCCUUUGACCCCCUAAAAAAUCACUCUUCUGCAAAUGAUACAGAUAAAAAUGAGACAUCCAUUUUUUACAGUCUUCUGGUUUUGUCACACAAUGCCACAUUUUGGUUGUUUUCAUAAAAAGUUUGACUCUUUUGUCUUGAGGCAACAAAAUGAAUGUGAUUUAAAAUAUCCAUCCUAAUACUUCACUAAUGCUGCUAUUUUAAAUACGUAUAAAAUCUUUUGUACAUCUCUAAAAGGAAGUUUCAGAUUCCUUAUUGUUUUGUAAAUUAAUAAAAAGUACGUUAUUGAUUGACCACAGUU